AUGACGAUGAUGAAAAGACCUCUAGAGGAAGACUCGGACCAUAAUGAAACCAAGAAACUGAAACCAAGAGCGGCAUACCCUUCCAUCCUUGGGAAAGAUAAAGCAACAGGCAAGUUCAUAUUCCCCGCGAUCAGCAAAGACGACGUAAUGAACGCAAGACUGUUUCUGAAAAAUAAUGAUUUGAAAACGUUUUUGGAGUUUUUCCUGCCAGCGGAAGUCAACUCGAUCUACAUUUAUUUCAUGAUCAAGUUGUUAGGGUUCGAUGUCAAAGACAAAGAACUUUUCAUGGCGUUGAAUUCCAACAUCACCUCUACCAAAGAGCGCAAGAUCAAUGGGAUAGCGACAUUACCACACGUGGAUAUUGACAAUAAAGACGGGUUGACAGACCCCCUUGAGAAAAAACAUGCCGUGAAAUUAAUCAAAGACUUACAAAAAGCCAUAAAUAAAGUCCUUAGCACCAGGCUUCGAUUACCCAAUUUCACCACGAUCGAUAACCUCACCGCCACUUUGCAUAAUGCAAAGAAAAUCCUGGUUUUAACCGGUGCUGGGGUUUCGACCUCCUUGGGGAUUCCAGAUUUCAGGUCUUCUGAAGGUUUUUACUCCAAGAUCAGACAUCUCGGGCUGGAAGAUCCGCAAGACGUUUUCAACCUGGAUAUAUUUUUACAAGACCCCUCAGUUUUCUACAAUAUUGCCCACAUGGUUUUGCCCCCGGAAAACAUGUACUCCCCGUUACACAGUUUUAUUAAAAUGUUGCAAGAUAAAGGCAAGCUACUAAGAAACUACACACAGAAUAUUGAUAACUUGGAAUCGUACGCAGGCAUUGAUCCUGAUAAAUUGGUGCAAUGCCAUGGUUCAUUUGCCACCGCAUCUUGCGUGACCUGCCAUUGGCAAAUCCCAGGUGAAAGGAUAUUUAGCAAUAUUAGAAAUCUAGAAUUACCACUGUGUCCGUACUGCUACCAGAAGAGAAAACAGUAUUUCCCUCUUACAAACGGCAAUAACACGAUGCCAAAUACCAAUUCCAGUUCACCCAUUUUGAAGUCUUAUGGUGUUUUGAAACCAGACAUGACAUUCUUUGGUGAAGCCCUGCCAUCCAGAUUUCACAAGACCAUUCGUGAAGAUAUACUGGAAUGUGAUUUAUUGAUUUGCAUAGGUACCAGUUUGAAAGUGGCUCCAGUCUCUGAAAUCGUAAAUAUGGUACCUUCACACGUACCUCAAAUUUUAAUUAAUAGAGAUAUGGUCACCCAUGCGGAAUUUGAUUUGAACCUGUUAGGGUUCUGCGAUGAUGUAGCCAGUCUAGUAGCCAAGAAAUGCCAUUGGGACAUACCACACAAAAAAUGGCAAGAUUUAAGGAAAAUCGAUUACAACUGUAUGGAACUAGAUAAAGGUACAUAUGAGAUUGAAAAACAACCACGAAAAAAAAAUGAGCCAAAAUAA